GCCACACGUCGAGCAGAACCUCUGGCUCAGGCGGUGCCCCGUCCCGUCGCCACUCCUCCUCCAUGGCGGCCGCCGAGGCCGGAGCCGACGGCGUGGCUGCGCACGCCAAGCUCGUGCUCGUCGCGCUCUUGGGCGCCGGCCAGUUUGCCCAGAAGUCGCAGGCCCCGGCGCUGCUGAAGCUGAGCUCUCCGCGGGUGCGCAUAGCCGCAGUCUACAGCCGCUCAGAGGACCGCGCGCGCCAGCUGGCCGGCUGGGUGGCCGAGCAGCCCGCCGAGGGCGGCAGCUGCCGCGAGGGCGACCCGCAGGGUGCGCCAGUCCCAGACGUGUACUGGGACGAAGGCGGGCCCGACAGGAAUCGAAGAGGAGCAAAAAGCUGCACAAGCAUGCACUUGAGGAGAGCCUGGACGCACUGCUCGCCCGCCCGGACGUGCAGGCAUGCCAACACCCGGUCGUGUCCCUGCCCAUCUGCGUGCAGCCCCAGGCCGUGCUGCGCUGCCUUCGCGCCGGCAAGGCCGUCCUCAGCGCUCGAAGCCCAUCGCGGGGUCGCUGGCCGAGGCCCGCGAGCUCGUGGCCGGCUACGCGGCGCUCGGCUCGGGGCGGCCGCUGUGGGGCGUUGCGGAGAAUUACCGGCUGGAGCCGGGGAUGGUGCGGCUGGCGCAGGCCUGCCGUGAGCUCGGUGCCGUGCACUCGCUGCGCUUCACCGCCCACCAGGUGGUGGCGCCCUGGAACGACACGCCCUGGCGGCUGGCGCCGGAGUACGACGGCGGCUACCUGCUGGACGCCGGGGUGCACUUCGUGGCCGCCAUGCGCCUCGUGCUCGGCGACGUCGACCUCAGCACGGUGCGGGCGACGGUGCAGAGACGGCGCGAGGUGCUGGCGGGCCCAGACCAGUUCGCGGCCUCCUUCGCCUUCCGCUCCGGGGCGCUCGGGAUGCUGGAGGUCAUCUACGCCGCCCCGAGGAUGCGCGUGGAGGUCGAGGCCCUCGGGGACAGCGGCUGGCUGCUGCUCGCCCGAACCAGCAGGGGCGGCGCCCACGGGUACGAGCUGACCGGCGGCUCGGGCGGCGAGCCGCGGCCGGCCGAGUUCUUCCCCUUCGGCGGCGUGCCCCGGGCGCUCAGUGGCUUCCUGCUCGCGGCCGUGGGCCACGGCGAGCCGCGGGCGGAGCUGCAGCCAGAGGAGGCGCUGGCAGACGUGGAGCUCGUGGACGCCGUCCUGAGGGCGGCGGGCUGGCCCGACCGAGGCCGCGGCUGCGGUGGCGGCGGCAAGCUCUGACCCCCAACGGGGCGAAGGCGCUCCCGCCCCUGGGCCUUCUGCUCCGAGCCCCUGCCGCGGCCUCGGGGUCGCCGGGUCUGGCCGCGCUCCUGGCCGCGACGCGCAGCUGGCCGCCGACGCCCGCCCUCGGCCACGAUUGGGUUCCAUCGGCUUCAAGUCAAGCGAAGCUUAGCCUGCGAAGAUCAAGGGACAGUGCUUGGGGGGAUACAGUGGGCGCGUCAGAGAUGGAAUCGGCAUGUCAGUCAGUGCCCUACGGAAAUGUCUCGUCCCCCGGAGGGCCCCAGGAGCCCACAAGGAGCUCUGGGCCGCCUUCGGACCCUCAAAGAUCGACG